UUAUUUCGUCCUGAAGUUGUGUCCUCGUUGCUGAUAAGAGAAGAUCCAGCAGUUAUGUUAAAGCAUUUCGUUAUCGUUUCCUUGAUCUGCGCUUUAGCGCCAAUGGUCAUCGGCGCAACUUUCAAGGCUGCUGUGUAUGAACACGCAGUUCAUCUGCCCAAUAUUUCCGCCGUUCCAAUGCCGCGGAAUCAAGCGGUACAGGCAAUGAUGGUCAACAUCCGUGUGUAUCAAGAAACGGCUAGAAUUGCGGCAAGCAUGGGUACGCAGAUCAUAGUGUUUCCAGAAGAUGGUAUUUAUGGGAUGUAUCUCAACAGUCGAGAAUUGGCUUUGCCAUUCAUGGAAUAUAUUCCCAAUGCAACCGAUCAUUGGAAUCCAUGCAAGCAACCGAAUUUGUACCCGAACACUGACAUUCAAACGGCACUAAGUUGUAUAGCGCGCGACAAUAAUAUGUAUGUAGUAGCCAAUAUGGGCGACAAACAACCAUGUAACGGGACCAUGGACCCCAAGUGCCCGAACACCGGUUACUACCAGUACAACACGGACGUCGCAUAUGAUCCGAGCGGGACUCUGGUUGCGAAAUACCACAAGUACAAUUUGUUCUUUGAGUAUCAGUUUGAUACACCGAAAACACCAGACAUAAGUAUAUUUGACACGCCUUUCGGACGGUUUGGACUAUUUACAUGCUUUGAUGUACUGUUCGAACAUCCGCCUAUAGAUCUUAUUUGUCGCCACAACAUUUCCAACAUAGCCUUCCCCACCGCUUGGAUGGACGUGGGGCCUUUUUUCACGUCAAUUCAGUUCCACUCGUCGUUUGCUCUUGGCCUCGGUGUUAAUUUCCUUGGAGCUAACAUUCAUCUGCCUUCAAUGCGUUUCCAUGGUAGCGGUAUCUACACGCCACAAGGAGCAGCCGGAUACUACUAUAACACCAGUAACGACAAUGGCGGGCAGCUGAUUGUUCGGGAGAUUCCGGUCGUUCAACAUCCAAACGAUGCUGCUUGUUUUGGUGAUCGUAAGACUGUUUCUGAAGGCCUGUCCCUUAGACCAGGUACAGAAUCCCAAACACCCCAUCUGGCAGCUAACGCGAAUGAACCCGAAUUCACAGCUGUGCUCUUCCAUGAUUUGCAUUCGCUUGUAAAGCUACAUCCAGGUGUCGGGAAUGCGUCCGUAUGCAAUAACAAGCUUUGCUGUCAUGUUGCAUACAACAUCAAAGAAACCAGUUCAAUUGUGACUCACCAAAAACGAAAGCAUGCUUCUAAUGACCUCCAUCACCCAAACUACAACAACAAUAACACUCAUGAUGUGCAAGUCGACAACCACACUUUGCCAGUCCUUAAUUCAAUCAGUGCGCCAGAGGAAUUUUACGCCUUAGGAGCAUUUGAUGGACUUCACACUCAUGACGGUAAUUACUACAUCCAGGCGUGUACUGUUAUAAGAUGUCGCAGAUCAAAGUUCAACGUCACAUGCACAGACCACAUUGACGGGCUCUUCAAACCGAACAUGAGGAGUUUCGAAAUCUCUGGGAACUUCUCGUCAUCUUACCUCUAUCCUGCGGUUCUUCUGCAGGGUGACUCUGAUUUCUUACUUACCGACAUCCCACAAAGCUGGACGUUCAGCGGAGAAAGCCUGCGCGCAAACAACCCGCUGCCGCACACACUUGCAGUGGGCGCAGUAUUCACGUGUAUUCACGUGAUUAAACAAUUUUCACAAGAUGAAGAAAUGAGUUUAACAUUUCUCUUUAACCUUUAUUUCAUUUGGGAACUCGGUAAGCUUCCUCCACCGCCGGACAUAUAUGACUUUUUUAUUCCUUUUUUGUAUUUAUUAUGUAUGUAUUCAAACUUUUUUACUAGUUGAACAUCAUGAAUGAUUCGCUUGUGCUGGUAUAUUGAGUUGUUUGUAAAUUAAACGUCAUCUUCACAAUUAAA